AGCCCCAAGCGGUGGAGCGCAGAGAACACGGCGGUCCGAUCACUGCGCCCGUCUAGCUUCGGGCCGAGCGGGUGCCACCCUGCCAGGCGCGCGCGUCUAGCGGCCCGGAGCCUCGCGGCGGCCUCCAGCGUCCAGCCCCGGGGAAUGCGGCGGCCCCCGGCCCCUGGCGCCCCACGGUGUCUCAGCUGGGCCUCCUCACUCUUCUGCUCCGCGGCCUCGACGCUCCCGGGCCCCCUGAUGGCGGCGAAAUGGUUCAAGGAGUUCCCGCUUACUCUGAAGACCGCGUCGGAGCGCGCCCGGCCCGGGGGCGCCGGCGGCAAGCCGCGCAAGAACUCGGAGACUGGCGGCGCGGCGCCCACCCCGGGCAAGGGCCGGAAGAACUCAGCGGCCGAGCUGGGGGCCAGCAAGGCGAGCAGCGGACCCCCAAAGGACAGUCGGCUGUCCCGGGACAGCCUGCAGGGUCUGAUCCAGGCCGCUGCUGGCAAAGGCCGUAAGAACUCCCGGGUCACCGCCACCGCCACCGAGGAGGAGCCCCACCGUGGCGCGGUGACCAAGAGCGCGGGCUGCAGCACCUACAUCAGUAGGCUCAUCAAGGUGGACACGCAGGAGAAGAAUGGGAAGAGCGCCUACCCGGGCGGUGGCAGCACCAGCAGCUCCAGCAGCUCCUCUUCCUCUGCGUCCUCUUCCCCGUCCUCCCUGGGCCCUGAGCUGGACAAGGCCAAGAUAAUGAGACAGCAAGACACGGUCAUCAUUUUAGAGGACUACGCUGACCCGUAUGAUGCCAAACGGACGAAAGGUCAAAGGGAUGCGGAGAGAGUGGGUGAGAACGACGGCUACAUGGAACCGUACGAUGCACAACAGAUGAUAACAGAAAUCAGACGCCGUGGUUCCAAAGAUCCCCUGGUGAAGGCCCUCCAGUUGCUUGAUGGCCCGAGUGAACCAGGGGAGACUGUGAAGGUGGAGGCCACAGCCAAGAGACGCAGCUCCAAGGACCUGCUGGGGAAGCCGCCACAACUCUAUGACACCCCGUACGAGCCUUCGGAGGGUGGCCAACGUGUGGCAGAGGUGAAGACGCGGCCAGCAGACAGCAGGCUACCAGAGGAGGAUGAUCGGCCCGCUGCUGAGUAUGAACAGCCCUGGGAGUGGAAGAGGGAGCAGAUCGCGAGAGCCCUGUCAGUCCAGUUUGAGGGAUCUGAUCGACCUCCGGGCAGAGAGGAUGCAGGGAGACCGCACCACUGGCAGAAGACCUUGAAGCCGACCCUGUCAGACCACGGUGAUGGGGAGAAGGUGGACCCAGGCCUGGCCCUGGAAAAACAACCUUGGUAUCACGGCUCCAUCAGCCGAGCUGAGGCCGAGAGCCGACUACAGCCCUGCAAAGAAGCCGCUUACCUGGUCCGGAACAGUGAGUCAGGGAACAGCAAGUAUUCCAUUGCACUGAAGACGAGUCAAGGGUGUGUCCACAUCAUAGUGGCUCAGACAAAAGACAACAAAUACACACUGAACCAGACGAGCGCUGUGUUUGACAGCAUCCCUGAAGUGGUACACUAUUACUCCAAUGCAAAGCUGCCUUUCAAAGGAGCAGAGCACAUGACCCUUCUCCAUCCAGUGCACAAGCUCCACUAAAGUCGGCCAGCAAGAGCCCGGGCACCUGUGAGGCCUUCAGCACCCAACAACAUCAUGUGGACAGGACUCGCUGCUGCUGCUGCAGACCAGGAGUCGGCGCCUAGAAGUCAAGCGGUCUGUGGUCUUAAAUCCAGGACACAGUGGUUUCUGACCUGUUCUUUCUCUCCCUACUACAAGAAAGUAUUGCUUGCCUGCCACCUUCUCCCUUGGGCUAGGAGUUCUGUUUGGAGUGUGAGCCUUAGGAAGGUUAGAUCCAGAGCCCAGGAGCACUGAGCUUAGCCCUUGGCUGUUCUCUGGCAUGCCUGGCCUCUGCACAACAGAGAACCCCUAGGCCUUUAUGAGUGACUGCUAGGCUGGAAGAUCCUGCCAGUGUGAGCCCUUUGUGAGGAAGUGGAUGGACGGUGGGAAACAGGAACGAUGGGCAGGAAAGCUGUCUUUCUCCACGUCCUGAUGCAGCUGUGGCCUUCACACAGCAUUCACAACCUGAGGACUUCACAAGAGUAUUAUUUGGUUGGCUCUCCUAAGUACUUGCUUUCUCAAUUUCUCUGGACAUCUCUAUCCUUCUGCAGUAAAUCAGUGAUAUGAGCAGAAAUUGGACGGAGGCCCCCAGAUGAAAGUGUUACCAGUGUAAUCAAGAGGUGGCAUCCUUUCUAUAACUCUGAUCGUUAUUAAGUGCACUCCAAAGAUUUGAUUUCUGAUUUAAAAAAAAAAUUCUACAGAGCUCAACACCUGUUUUGUUAUUGGAUAAUUACAUAGCACUCGAGACAGCCUUUUUCUUUGUGGUUUUUUUGUUUUUGUUUUUUUUUGUUUUUUUGCAUGAAAUCAUCUUUAAGAUUCCUUUCUGAAAUUAGAUUUGCUUUGUAAUUUUUGGCAAAAAAUUUUUACAACAAAAUUGGGAUCCCAUUGUAUGAACUGAGUCGCUGGUCUGAAAAGAUUGCCCCUGAUGUACAGACAGAACAAGCCAAUAUGUGCCUUACAGAAACAUUUUGAACAAUAUUGUAGUCUGAGGCUGUCUCUUCUGCUCUCUAGGACACUAAAUCAUCGCAUGCUUAUCCGUGAUCUGUGUACUGUAGGGAAUCCCACAGGAGGGGCACGCUGUGUGUAGGUGCUAGUGGGAAUGGGCUGGACCAGAACCAGAGGAACAUUUCGUGUUCAGGUUUAUAAACUGGAUCUCAAGACUGUUCCACCCUCAGUGGAAACUGAAGGUUUGUAGCUUCUCAGAUGCACAAAAAAAUAUUAACCAUAAAUUGGGUGUGGUGGCAUACACCUUUAAUCCCAGCACCCGGCAAAGGUAGGUGGGUCUUUGUGAGUUUAAGGUCAGCCUGGUCUACAGAGUUGCAGGACAGCUAGGGCUGCACAGAGAAACCCUGUCUUGAAAAUCUAAAACAACACAAAAACCACCACCAACAAAACAUCUGGUCAGAUGUCUUAGGGAAGCAUAGCCCCAUCCUCGGCUCCCUCACCCGGCCAUCCUGACUGAAAUGUAGGAAGACUUUUGCUCCUGUGUCAGCGGACCUUAGCCAAAGGGUUGUGCGAGAUUUUGUUUUAAAAGGCUGAAAGGGACUUCUCCUCAGUGGAGCACAGUGGCCUGCACGAAGGCUGUUCUCACAGCACUGACAAUCAUUUUGGCUUCUAUGUGUAGUGCAGGGCUCUCGGUUUAAGUUUUCAGUAGCCACAAUUCCGCCCAGCAAAUGUCAGUCAUCAUGUAUUACCUUGUAUCUGUGCAUUGUUCACUGUGUUGAACCUAGUUUAGCUCAGCAUUCUAGCCAUGAAGCCUUAUUUUUUUGCUUAGCCCUCCCUAUUCAGCAAAUGGAGCCGUUGUCUUUAAUGGUAAGAAUAUCAUAAAAUGUUUCUGGGUGGGGAAGGAUUUGGGCACACGCCUCAUGACUCUGAUGAACACCGGCCUGGCAGGUCGGUGUCACCUGGCCUCUGCCACACGCCUGAGCGUGCUCCCUCCAUAUUUGCUUUACAUGAGUGAAAGUGGAGGAGACAGAGUUUAUAUAUAGUCCAGUCUUCAUGGUAGGGCAUGGGGCUAUAAAAAGCAAAAAUACUGUAGACUAGUGGAAGGCCAGUGAGGGAGAUGUUAAAGCUGCUAUUUUCUUCUUAGGUUGUGACACAAGCUGACAGGAGCCAGGGGACUCACAGCUGGGUGGUAGCAUAAAGUACCCUAUCCUACCGUGCUAAAAACAAUUAAGCGCAGCAGGGUGUCCUAACCACUCACUGGUGAGCCUGCCAGCUGGGGCUUGUCCUCCGAGCUCCAAAAGAUUGAGCUUUUUGUCCUUUUCUUCCUGAUAAAGGUAUUUUCUUGUUAUCUUUAUUCCUUUGAAUUGAUUCUGUCUGGGGGGGGGGUGUUUCUUCUGGUGAACCCUCAAGAUGCUGUGAACAUCUAUAGCAUCUAGAGAGCUGUCCACUUUUUCUCCUUUAGCAAAACUUAUUUGUAAAAAAACUGCUUUCUUUGUUCCAGAGUAUGGACUUAGACAGGGACCCCUGAGAACGGAAGGCAUCUGUAAUCCAUCCAGCUGUCCAGGAGGUCCAAGAGUCCAAAACUAACCUUGGCAAUAGAGCAAGGGUGUCUCCAAAAAGAAUACAGGAAGGCAAAGGGCAUUUCUACUUCCUGUAAUAGCAUAGCAGAUUCUGUCCAGAUGUAUUCUAAUCACUGUCUGAGGGGGCGCUGGCCAGUAGGAUGUGCUGAGGAGGCAGAGACAGGAGGAGUUGAAUUAGAGGUUACUCUUGGGUUACACCUUGGGCCAAAGAAAUGGCUCAGAGGUGGAAAAUGCUGCACUUGUAGAAGACCCUGGUUAGUUCCAGUAUCCACAUGCUGUCCAGGUCUAGGGGAUCUGGCGCCCUCUUCUGGCUUCUGAGGGUACUGGGCAGGAACAUGGUACACAUACAAGCAAAACAUUCAUGCACAUAAACUUUUUAAAAACCUGAAUGAAGGAAUAGAAACAAUGGAGGAAGUCUAGUGAGUAUGCACAAAAGCAAGUGGUGGUAAAGAAACAGGUGUCCCUUCCGGUUACUGAGAAUGCUUUAAUAGGCAUCUGUAAGAACAGCCUGUAUUGUUGGCCGUUUAGAGUCUGCGUCUGUGGUGCUGGAGUUCAGUCACUGGUCUCUGCCACAGGAAGGGGAGCUGGGCAGAGAACCAGUAGGGAAAGCUGGCUCUUCUCAACACAGGUCCUACCUUAAUAGUCCUUGUUUGGUGUUUAGAUUAUUUACCAGUGUUGCCCCUGUUGGAUAGGUCUUAAUGUUUAAUUCAAGAACAACUGUAAGUCAUUCUUUGCUUACUAGAUGAGUCUGUUAACAUUUUCGUUAGGAGCUAAUGACUUAUUUUUCCUGGCCUCAGUCAAGAAGCCAGUGCAUCUAGAUUCAUGCCCCCUGUACAUGCUUCUGAAACUUAGGAUUUCAUUGCUCCCUUCCUGGGACCAGACAGCCAUUGGUCGUCUUUCUGUCUUCUGUAGCCAGCACCCAUUUAACCGUAAACUCCCUUGGGAUCAAUCUUUUGUCUUCUCUUUGCCACCUACAUCCCACUAACUUGGCCUUGAAGAAACUUGACCUGUAAGAGCCUUCCCUGUAAUUUAGCUUCCCGGCUUCAUGGACCCUAUGCAAUGAAAGAUGGUGUUCUACUGCCAUCUACUGGGACAAGAAAAAAACUGCAGUUGAGAAACAAGGGUGCAUUUAGGGUAGUUUGUCUCAAGGAUUUUUGAUACAGUCCAUAAAUCAAAAUAAACGAUGACACAGCAGUUGCCAUCUUGAAAUGUGCCCUUUACUGUAGAAAGGGUGUUUUGACUCCUAGUCUUCCCCUGGACCUAGGCUGGGUCAUGUUGUUCACAAUUUUAAUUCUAUUUUUGAAGACUGCUCUGUCAACAGAUCAUUGAGGCAGGAAUCAUUCUGUUAAGCUCUUAGCUGUUCCAAAUGCUGUCAGGAGGAUUUUACAUUUAAAAUAUCAACUGAUACGUCAUUUUAACUUUUUAAAAUAUUUAAAAGGUUGUAAUGCAGGUGCCUUGGCAAUUGUUAUUAUAAUGGAAUCUUAUAAAUUGUUGGCUCUCUUCACCGGUCAGCGUAGCUGUGUGCCUUCCGGAAGAUGGUUUACCCUGAAGUGUUACUUUCAAUAAAUGCUUUGCCAGGAAAACA